CCCUACCUACUGAAGUCAUUCAAUAGGAGGAGUCAUGAAUUGCAGAAGCUUGAACACAGCAUUGCUUUCUGCUUUGUAGUCUACAUGUCCCUUAGUUUGUUAGUGGUAUUCAGUUAGGUUAGAAAUCUAGCAUACUAUAGGGAAGAACUGGAUUUGCCACUUGUCUGGGUAUUACGUAUCACUUUGUCCAUUUCCACAUGCUGAAGUUGUGUUUCUUCAUCUGUUUGAUAUACUGGGUGAAAUCAGAUGAGGAGAAAAAAUGUCCUGAAUUUACAGAUCUUAACAUAGGCAAUGCUUUGUCCGGAACAGAACUUCAAGUCCAGCUACUGCUAUAUACAAGGGAAAAUCCAAAUUGUUCUGAGAGACUCAUUGCAGAUGAUGUUACUCUAUCUGAGUACCUCAAUACCUCGAAAAAAAUCGUCUUUGUUAUCCAUGGCUUCAGACCAACAGGAUCUCCACCAGCAUGGCUAGGUGACAUGAAGGACCUUUUGCUGUCUUCAGAGGAUAUUAAUCUCAUUAUAGUGGAUUGGAAUCGUGGUGCUACAACUGUGAAUUAUAUAACUGCUGUUGAAAACUGCAGAAAAGUUGCAGAAAUACUGAAGAACUAUGUUGACAAGAUGCUGGUAGACGGAGCUUCUCUUGACACUAUGUAUAUGAUUGGUGUUAGCCUUGGGGCUCAUAUAGCUGGUUUUGUUGGCCAGAAGUAUAAUGGCAAAAUUGGCAGAAUUACAGGACUUGAUCCAGCGGGGCCUUCAUUCACUCGAGAACCACCAGAGGGGAGACUGGAUCGUACUGAUGCACAAUUUGUCGAUGUAAUCCAUUCAGAUACUGAUGCAUUAGGUUUCAAGAGACCUUUAGGAACCAUUGAUUUCUAUCCAAAUGGAGGAAUGGAUCAGCCUGGUUGUCCGAGAACAGUAUUCAGUGGACUUGGAUAUUUUAAGUGUGACCAUCAAAGAUCUGUCAUGCUGUUCUUAUCAUCUUUGAAAAGAAUAUGUGACAUAACAGCAUAUCCUUGUGAGUCUUACGUGGAUUACAAGAGAGGAAAAUGUGUUGAUUGUCAAGCUUUCCAGACAAUGUCCUGUCCAGUACUGGGUUAUUAUGCUGAUAAAUGGAAAAAACUAUUAGUCCCAAUGAAAUCACCAGUGAAAGCUUAUUUUGAUACCUCAGAUCAAGACCCAUUCUGCAUGUAUAACUACUUACUUGAUAUUACUGUCUGGAAUAAAAGCAUUAGGAGAGGUUUCAUUAAAAUUAAAAUAACGGAUUAUGCUGGAGACACAAUAGAAUCAGAGAUGAAUAGUGAAGCUUCAACAUUUCAGCAGUAUAAAAGAGUCAAAAUACUAACUGGAUUUUAUCGAGACCUUGACAAAAUAUCAAAAAUCUCGUUGACGUUUUCUACGAAGACUUUGAUAGGCCCAAAACACAAGCUCAGAGUUCUCCAAAUGAGGCUGAAAUCUCUCAAUAAUCCAGAAAGGCUGCAGCUUUGCAGAUAUGAUUUUGUACUGAUGGAGAACACUGAACUGACCUUCAAACCUAUUCCUUGCCCAGAGAAGGGUACAUGAAGAGAGAGCUUCUACUAACCUAAUUUCUCUUAAAGCAGUGACAUUUUGAUUCUUCCUCAGGAUAAAGACCGCAAUGACAAAGGAAAUGAGAUAAGCUAGAUUUAUUUUCAAGAGUGUACAUAGUAAUAUGCAUUACUUGCUUUGAGUGCCCUAGGGUAAAAUUAAUUGAAAAGUUCAGAUAUGUGUGUAUUUGGGAAAUUUGAAAAAAGUAAAUGUAUCAUGUGGAGAGCAUGCAGUGGUCUAUUUGUUAUUAUUUCUUAGCAGUGAAGCAACCACUGAAUUAAAUAUGAAUUAUCCGCAUAAUCCUGGCACAUUAUUUUUCAAGUCAUACAUGUAUUUAAUUAUUUAUUGUUUGCAAUGGCUUUUACAUGGAAACAUAAUUAUCUGUCUACUAAGUGAAUUUAAUAUACUGUACGUGGGAUCUACAACUAAAAUACAGUUUUGCUGUGCUCUGUUCAUUGGAUAAGUGAAUUCACAUUUUCUCAUUAUAUAAUAUCUCAGUCUCUAAGAACUAGAGCAGUAAGAUUUGUGGACACAUGUAAAUUUGCUAUUUAAAUCAAUUCUUUUUAUGCUUAUCAUAGAUGAAUAUAAUUGGAACCAUUCCUUUUUUGUUUUUUUAUUAAACCUAUGGACAGGGCAGCUACGUUUCAUAUAUGAAGCAGUUCUAAACUCUGUUCUGAAGAGAAUAACUUAAAGAAGAGCAAUUUUAUUAUGUUUCUCUUUGGGCCUGUUGGAAUUAAGGCUGCUGCCCAUGUUGAGAUUGAUGACAGAUUUUCACCUUUUGGAAUGUGAGCAGGAAUAAGCCCUACAUAAAAUUCCUUCCGCCAGUUCAGAAAAAGGUUUUCUAAUGGCAGAUUGCUUUUCCUGGCAGUACUAAUUGAAGAGGAGAUUAUGCAUAUUGUCUUUUUUAAGGUUGUUUUAUGUAUUUAAUCCUGGUUUCUCAUGCAAAUGAUUCCUAUGCAUGAUAACUUUUUCCCUUUCUUUCCUAUGCCUCCACUGGCCUAGCUCUUGACAGUAAUACUUGCUUGAACCUAUUGACCACUUUCAUCUGAAUGUUGGAUUAGGAUGUCCAAAACCUAUGAAUUGUAAGUUUUAUUGAAAGUCAGCAGGUGGGUUAGAAGGAAGAUGGAAGUUAGUGUCGUAAGAAAGUGAAGACAAAUUCUAACUUUGUCCUUUUCAUUGCAAGAGAGUGCUCCAGCAUGAUGGUCAGCAUGUGCAAAGCUCUGAACCAGCUGUUGCACAUGGUUUUACAUGUCUAGAGAAGCAAGUGCUUGGACACACCAAAAAUCUACAAAGCAGUGGACAGACUUGCUCAUGGACUGACUUUUAAAAAAAAAUUAUUUAUUCAUUAGAAAUAGUAAUUACAUUACCAUAGGCUGUAUCAGGUCGUGUCUUUCUCAGCUUAAUCGCUUUAUGGUAUACCUCUUUGUUUCUUUCCUCCGAGGGAAUUAUUAAGAGAUACACAGGAAAUUUGUUGGCAUUUUCACUAUGCACUAUAUCCUUUGCCAUUUACUUGCUCCCCAAAUUAGGGUAGACGUCUGAUAUUGCAACCCUUGGAAAGGUCAAUUUGCAGUAAUAUAUGCUUUUAGGCAGUAGUCAUAACUCAUAUGCAACAUACUGCUAGCCUUGUGCAUCCUUUAUCUAUCCUAUAAACAUACUGGCAAAAUGGUGGCUAUGCAAUCUGUCAACGAUAUAGAAUUGGGGGUAGACUGUAAGACGUGAGCAAGAAAAUGUGAAGAAUUGAGGACUGAGAUACCUUUCUAGACUUCUGCCAUUAUAAGCGUAUGGAAAAAAAGUGAUGUGCUGUUGAAAAGAUGAAACGCAACAUACAGACAUGACUAGCAGUGCUGCACACGCAUGUGUAAUAAUAAUAUUUUCACACAUUUUAAACAUACCUAUAAAAAGUGUAGGACAGGAAUUGCAAUGUGUUGUCUUGAUUUGCGCAAAUUUUGGGUAAAAAAGGAAAGAAGCGGCAUUGAUAAUGAGGUUCCAAUAAACAACAUGAGACAGAAAGAACCUUUUUUUUUUUUUUUCUAAUUUCCCAUAUUAGUUGGUACUUUCCAUUUCGUAAUGCACUGUUCCAGGCAGUGCAUUUCCAAUGCAUAAUUGGACUUCUCAAGUGGCUAAGCACUUGGACUGUAGCCUUGUGUCUCCCAGCACCACCAAAAAUGUACUGUAAUUGUUCAGAAAUGCUUUGCUUUUUAUGGCUUACUGCCACAUGCUACUUUGUACUAAUUCUGUCAGCUCCCUCAAGCUCAGUGGAGGAUGGCACAAUCAGGCAAAAAAAUUAAAAUCUUCUAAGGAGUUCCCUGUUCUGAAGGAAGUGGUGAUGGUAGUUCAGUGAAGCACACUGCUUCUGCAUCACAGAUGAAGAGAGUUUGGACUCAUUGUAGCACUGUUUUGCAUUCUCUGCUGUUGUACAAAAUACCCACUAACAUUUUUCAUUUUACUAAACAUUUUCAUUGGGAAAAUUCAGAAUGAGCUGAAAAGCCCAAGUAAAUUUCCAUUGAGAAAACCUGAAGUGGAGAAAUAGAUCAUUUCAUACUAGUUUGACUUGGAGUGGAAUAUUUGCGGUAUGGAACUACCAUAAAUGCACUGAUUUUCUCCUGAUUCAGCAUUUGGAAAUAAGCAGUGGCCUGCUGGGUGGCCUGGUGACACUGUUUUGCUUUGGUUUUCCCACCUGUAUAAUGGCCCAGUCAAGAGGCGCUUCCCAAUUUGUAAUGAUAAAUUUUGUUAACUGUAUUUUAGAAGUUUGCUUGUUUCUAUUGUGUUUAAUCAUAAGGAACAAUCUCUAUACAUGUAAAGAAAGAUAUAUCCCAUGAGUAAAUGUAGGUUCUGUAAUUAAACAGUAUAUUGUAGUAAUGCCAGAGGGAUCUCAUUAGUAUAUACUUGUCGUAAUGAACUCUAAAUUAUUUCUAUCAAAUACAACAAGCUUGAGAAAUUUAGUGCAAUAUUUAUAUUUAGUGCUUAGUCAAAGGGAGAUGAAAUGGUUGACAGGCCUAUAAAGCUAAUAUAAGCUUGGUUUUCCCCUUUGUGUUAGACCUGACUUUUAUUUGAUAAUGUCACCUUUCUUUUAGCUAUACUAUUUCAAAUUACAUGACAGUGAGGAUAUGUCAAGAAACUCAUUAAGCAUUAGUAGUAACUGGAAUAAGCAGUAGCUUACUUAGACAAAAGGCAAUGUGUGAUAAGGGAAUGUUCACUACAUCACUCUCUUAAUUCACAAUAGUUUGAAAUGGUCUGGGUUAAAGAUAUGUAAAACAAGACAAUUUUCCAGUUUAAUGGCUUUAUUGAUUUCUAUAAUGCUGUAUACUGUUAAGGCUGUGGUUUAUGAUCUCUGCCUCAGGUAAGGAUUGUUUUCACAUUGUGAUUACUUAUUUGUAUAAGGUAAAGUGCAGAUAUAUGUUCAUGGAAUUAAUGGCAAAGUUUAUAUACAGCUAAGUGGAAAGCAACUUAGUAAGGAGCUGCUGAAAGG